GAGCGGAGGAAAUAAAGAAAUAUAUUAAAAAUUGAGAAAAAAAAAAUCGAAGAGAAACGAAGAGAGCUAUAUAAACGGAGAGAGAAACAGAGAGGUGGAGAAGGCGAUGAGGAGCUCCUCUGAUCUGCGGAUGCAGACAACCAGAUCUUAGUCUGAGAAAAGAGAGGGGAUUCUCUCGUGUUCUCAUCCGAAGGUGGAGCGCAGAUCGAGCGGUGAAUAUUUCACGAGGGAGAAUGGAGUCGGAUCUCGGAAAACUUUUCAUUGGGGGGAUUUCCUGGGACACCAAUGAGGAUCGCCUCCGGGAGUAUUUCAAGGGCUUCGGGGAAGUUGUUGAGGCCGUGAUCAUGAAGGACCGGACCACUGGUCGUGCGCGCGGUUUCGGGUUUGUCGUCUUCGCCGACCCCGCUGUUGCGGAGAGGGUCGUCUUGGAGAAGCACCUGAUCGAUGGCCGGAUGGUGGAAGCGAAGAAGGCUGUACCGAGGGAUGAUCAACUCAUACUUAAUAGAAACAUUGGCAGCCUCCCAGGAUCUCCUGGUCCUGGACGCACCAAAAAAAUAUUUGUGGGAGGCCUUGCCUCCACUGUAACAGAUGCAGACUUCAAGAAAUAUUUUGAGCAGUUUGGGGCCAUUACAGAUGUUGUUGUAAUGUAUGAUCACAACACUCAGAGACCAAGAGGGUUUGGUUUCAUAACAUUUGACUCAGAAGAUGCCAUAGAUAAAGUUUUGCUCAAAACCUUUCAUGAACUUAAUGGAAAGAUGGUGGAGGUCAAGAGAGCCGUUCCGAAGGAGCUCUCUCCAGGACCUAAUGUGCGGCUACCAAUGGGGGGCUAUAACUAUGGUUUGAAUAGGGUCAACAACCUUCUUAAUGGAUAUAGUCCUGGUUUCAACCCAAGCUCUACAGGCAGCUAUGGAAUGAGAAUGGAUGUCCGGUUGGGACAAUCGACUGGUGGUCGGAAAGGAAUCCCUCCUUUCAAUCCUGGUUAUGGAAUUGGAAUGAAUUUUGAGUCUGGGACUAAUUUAGGUUAUGGUGGAAACUCUAAUUUCAAUAGUAGCUUUAAUUAUGGUCGAGCCAUAAGCCCAUAUUAUAAUGCAAACUCAAGCAGGUUUGGCAGUCCUAUUACGUAUGGUGUGGGUAGUGGUAAUCCUGAUUUAUCAUUUAGUUCAACAGCUCGUAAUAUAUGGACUAAUGGUGAUCAUAACUAUAACACCACUCCUGCAAAUUCUAAUUCCUACAUGACCUCUACUAGCGGCAAUGUUGGCGGUUUUGGCAACAAUAGCCUUAAUUGGGUGGGUUCCUCCUCUCCACUUGCAGUGCAUGGUGUGGGCAAUAAUUCAGGCUUUACUACUGGAAAUUUGAGCUAUGGAAUUGGCGAGAAUAGUUUCGGUUUAGUUCCAGGUAGUUAUGGAAGGAGCAGUGGCGUUAGCUCCGUCAAUACUUCAUUUGCAACACCAACCAAUGUAUACGAUGGAAAUUAUACAGAUUCAUAUGGAGGUAAUUCAAUCUAUGGAGAUCCUACUUGGCAAGCAGCUUCAUCUGAGCUUGAUGGAUCCGGUACGUUGGCUUAUGGAUUUGGCGCCACACCUUCAGACGUAAUAGCCAAGAGUUCGUCAAGUUAUAUGGGUGGUUAUAAUAUUGCAACUAGACAAAUGAAUAGAGAUGGAUAACAUUCUUGCGUGCAUGUUUCAUUAUUAGACAUUUCCUUUUCGUGAUCCAGCAGAGUUAGUGUGAAAAUGAGUUGCUGCCUAGGGGGUUUCCAUUCUUUUGGUGUCAGGUCUUAUAGCAUGUUAAGAAUUCAGUUGAAAAAAAAAAAGAAAAAAGAAAAAAAAAGGUCAUUGUUGUGAAUUUCAGAUUUCCCGUUAAAAUUUAUAAAUGGUUGGUUAAUUAUUUAGGGCUAACCAGAGAGUUUAUCUCUUAAAAUUUGAAUUCUAGGUUCCCAAGUAUAUAGGUUUUUGUGUAAGGUUUGAGAUUUGAGUUACUUUCUACAAUUGAGCUUAGGCUUUCCUUUCUUGAGAUUGUGCAGAGAUGUAAAACCAGAUUGGCCGAUGAUACUAUCAGAUGAGUGCUUGAUUUAUGUCAGUGAUAAGCGUGAUAGACACUUUCCCUUUAAAUAAUAGAAAACUUCUUUGGUUA